AUGACGGUCAUCAUGCUACUAGUCCUCCUGUUCGUGGGUAUCGUGAUCCUGGUCUUGUUCUACGUGAGCAUAGUUGAGUGGGGCUUCAGAGCAAGCGGACUCUACCCUGCCGGUCGAGCUACUGACGGCGCUCUUGCUGAUCGAGCCAGCACCGGGAACACAAGCAUGUCCGUCGACGAUGUGGAGAAGCUUCCCUGCUUCAAAUUCGAGGCCAAGAAUGAUGAUCAAGACUGCAAGGGGACAGUUACCAUGAGCAUUGCUACUAGUCCCGUGAACUGUGUGGUUUGUUUGGAGGAGUUCAAGAUCGGCGACAAGUGCCGGCUAUUGCCAAUCUGCAGGCACAGCUUCCACACGGAGUGCAUAGAUGCUUGGCUCUUGAAGAUGGCCAAUUGCCCGAUCUGCCGGAGCCGUGCUGAUUCUGGCCGGUCCCUAGGCGAGGGGGGCAGCAGCGGGAGUGGGCCAGGCAGCAGUAGCCAUUUCGAGGACGAUGUUAGCACGGGAAUCGCAGAGGGUCAGAUGAACCUGAGUGAUAUUAGCAGGAGUGAAUCAAGAGAGAGAGGAGAGCAAAUUGUUGAUGUGAGAGCAGAGAUUCAAGAUCUCCAAACAGUGCCCCAACCUGAUGUGUGA